CCCAGUGACGUAGUUGUGACGUGUCUCCACGGUCUGGUUUCCUCUUCCGUUGCCAGUCCGUAAGAUUUACCGAGGUUUCAUUUACACCGUAAAGAAGCAUAUCUACCGGAGCUGGGCCAUCAUGGGCAUUAAAUUCUUGGAAGUGAUCAAGCCGUUCUGUGCAAUCCUGCCAGAGAUCCAAAAGCCGGAGAGAAAGAUCCAGUUCAGAGAAAAAGUAUUAUGGACUGCAAUAACUCUCUUCAUCUUCUUAGUGUGCUGUCAGAUUCCCCUCUUCGGUAUAAUGUCUUCAGAUUCUGCAGAUCCGUUUUACUGGAUGAGAGUCAUCCUGGCCUCAAACAGAGGAACUCUGAUGGAGCUGGGUAUCUCACCGAUUGUGACCUCUGGCCUGAUAAUGCAGCUGCUCGCUGGAGCUAAACUCAUUGAAGUGGGAGACACCCCAAAAGACCGGGCUCUCUUCAAUGGAGCUCAAAAAUUGUUCGGAAUGAUCAUCACCAUUGGCCAGGCUAUUGUGUAUGUGAUGACCGGCAUGUAUGGAGAUCCAUCAGAGAUGGGUGCAGGGAUCUGCCUGCUCAUCAUCAUUCAGCUCUUUGUGGCAGGGCUCAUUGUGCUGCUGCUGGAUGAGUUGCUCCAAAAGGGCUAUGGGCUUGGAUCAGGGAUCUCGCUGUUUAUCGCCACCAAUAUUUGUGAAACCAUCGUCUGGAAGGCUUUUAGUCCGACCACAGUCAAUACUGGAAGAGGCACCGAGUUUGAAGGAGCCAUUAUCGCUCUUUUCCACUUGCUGGCCACGAGGUCCGACAAAGUGCGGGCUCUGAGGGAAGCCUUCUACAGACAGAACCUGCCCAACCUCAUGAACCUCAUCGCCACCAUCUUUGUCUUUGCCGUAGUGAUAUACUUUCAGGGAUUCAGAGUGGAUUUGCCCAUCAAGUCGGCUCGCUACCGUGGCCAAUACAACACCUACCCCAUCAAGCUGUUUUACACUUCCAACAUCCCCAUCAUCCUGCAGUCUGCCUUGGUUUCAAACUUGUACGUUAUCUCUCAGAUGCUUUCGACACGCUUCAGUGGCAAUUUUCUGGUGAAUCUUCUUGGAACAUGGUCUGACUCCACAUCAGGCGGCCCGGCCCGUGCCUAUCCCAUUGGGGGGCUUUGUUACUACUUCUCCCCCCCUGAGUCUUUUGGCUCCGUUCUGGAAGACCCCAUCCAUGCAGUCAUCUACAUUUUCUUCAUGCUCGGCUCCUGUGCCUUCUUCUCCAAGACUUGGAUUGAAGUCUCGGGAUCGUCGGCCAAAGAUGUGGCAAAGCAGCUGAAGGAGCAGCAGAUGGUGAUGAGGGGGCACAGAGAAACCUCAAUGAUUCAUGAACUCAACAGGUACAUCCCCACCGCGGCUGCCUUUGGUGGGCUGUGCAUCGGUGGUCUGUCGGUGAUGGCAGACUUCCUCGGAGCCAUCGGCUCCGGCACCGGGAUCCUGCUGGCUGUCACCAUCAUCUACCAAUACUUUGAAAUCUUUGUCAAAGAGCAGAGUGAAAUGGGCAGCUUAGGGGGGAUGUUCUUCUAGACGUCAUCCCGGCCACGGCUAACUUUUAUACAAACGUAUUUCAUAAAGCUGAGAGCCCCCCGCCUCUCUGACUCUGCAGUUUUAGGACAUUUGGGAAAACUUCAGAAAGCUUGGUUUAAGUGGGGUUUGGAAAGUUGCUGGAACUUGAUCCCUCCAAUCCUUUUCCAAAAAAAACAACUAUACUUUAAAACAGUUCUGCAACUUUUAUAUGCGAGUCCAGAUCUCAAGACCAAUUUCCUGUGAAAUCUAAAGGCUUCUGUGGGACCUUCUCAGAUUGACUGAGGGCUUCAGUAUGCAGGCGUACCUGAUUUGUAUACCAGUCAACUGCUUGCUGUAUGUUUGCCUGUCUUAGUCUCUUCUGUCUUACUGCCAGCUGUACUCUAGUUCCUGCCUUGCAGGUGAGGACGUGGACCAGAUGCUGACUCAGAUCUGUGUGUAAUCCUCACCUGUGACACUGCAUUAAGUGGGCUGGGUCUCAGUAGGGGCUCAUAUUGGGCUCCAGCUUUAAGAUGAAAAGUCCGAGCUGUUUCCCAGGGUGUCAUCCAUGUCAUAAUGUGCAUCAUUCCCAGGAAUUUACAGUAUUAAUAUUCUGAUCCCUUUCACUUGUUACCCCCAAACUAUAUAUUUUAAGUUUCAAAAGUGUCAGCUGAACAUUUGUUAGACGUUCUUUUUUUAAGUUUCAGCUCAAAUGUCGGGCGUCCAGUAACUUUUGAAUUUGUACGAAGUGUAAAAAAAGAACUUGUUCUAAUAAACACAUUUCAGAACAAA